UUGGUGCUUCAGUUGGGUAGGAGGCGGUGUUGUGCUGAUCACUUAAAUUCUUCCCUAACUUGCUCUGUGACUUGCAGUAGCUGCUGCUGUUCUCUAUUUGCUUUGGAGCAGAGUUAAAUUUCCUAACAUGAAACCCAACUAUUAAAAAGUUAGAAACUGCAUUACUGUAUAUUAACCCCUAGUCAUCCUUGGUGGAGACAAAGAAGGACCAAGAAGCAAAGCAUGACACAGAGGAGUACAACAGUUUGAAUGCACAUGGAUUGAAAGGGCAGCUUGGCCUUGGUAAAGAACAGAUAUGGAUGCUUAAACUGCCACUAUUACACAAAAGAAAACAGGCAAGUACAUGAUGAACUGGAUAGUAAUAUUACGACCAACUAUUCUGGUAGCAGUGUGGUUAGUAUGCUCUUCAGAUAUAUCACAAGGGACUUCCCCUAGUAGGGACAAUGGAAAUGUUGAACGGCACAGGACAUCACACAGAGGCAGCAACCCAGGUUCUUCUACAAGAAGACCAAUUAAUUCUCAAAGACGUUACCCUAUAGUAAAAAACCAAGGGUCUCAUGUUUUUCAAAAAAACAAAGAAGAAGAUAAAAGCAGUUUGUCUGAAAGUAUGUUAAAUGAUGAAGGUCAAAGACACAAAACACAUGAAAAUCAGGGUCAGAGACAUGCUGGUAACAGAAAUGCAAUGCGAAUGUUAAAAGAUGAUAGUGGAACAGCUGUGCGGUCAAGAAUGGCACGUUUUCCUUCCACUUCAAAUUCUCCAAAUAUCCUUGCAAGUUUUGCGGGAAAAAAUAGAGUUUGGAUCAUCUCUGCACCACAUGCGUCUGAUGGCUACUACAGGCUCAUGAUGAGUCUAUUAAAAAACGAUGUGUACUGUGAACUUGCUGAAAGGCAUAUUCAACAAAUAAUAUUGUUUCAUGAAGAAGGUGAGGAAGGGGGUACAAUUAGAAGAAUUACUAAUGAUGGAAAAAUUAUGGAACAGACUCUGGACAAAUCUCUUAUACCAAAGUUGAUGAGUUCAUUAAAGCUAGAGAAAGGAAAAUUCGGUAUGGUUCUUCUCAAAAAGACUUUACAAGUGGAAGAAAGGUAUCCUUAUCCAGUACGUCUGGAAGCUAUGUAUGAGGUUGUUGACCAAAGCCCCAUAAGACGCAUAGAGAAACUUAGACAAAAAGGUUUUGUACAAAAAUGUAAGGCUGCUGGAGUUGAAGGACAGGUACAAGAAGAGGGACAGUCUGAGGGUAGCAACAUAAAAAAUGUAAAACCUACACAAUCUAGUGCGACUGUCCAAACAUCAUCAAGAAAAGAAGAGACCAAGAAAAGUGUUGUAACACCUACACGAUUCUCUAGAGUGAAACCUACAAGGAAAUCAAUUGCACCUCCAACACAAUCAACAACUAGAGCAACUACAGUUUUUCCAUCAACUAAGGCAACUACAAGAAUACUGACUACAGCAUCAAGGCCACCCACAACAAUACCUACAACAGUGAGUCCAACAACACAGAAAAUGUGGACAACUAAAAUGUUUACUUCUCCAGAGCUUCACAAAUAUGUCAUCCAGUCUGAAACAACAACAAGGGAACCAGACACUCAAAGGCAGUACAUCCCUGUGAGAAAUGAUAAGAACAGAAAUAGACAGUAUGUACAGACGGGAAAGAGCCGUUCUACUACAAGCAGAGCAAAUAAAGUGGCACUCCAUACAGAGGCUCCAGUUAUUCCAACAACCAGGACAGAGCUAACUACCAAAGCAAACACAGCACAGUUUGUAGAUAACCAGACAGACAAAAAGGUUCAUAGCACACAUGAUGUCACUCCAAGUCAAAAGAAAUUUACAAAGACAAAGUCACCCAAAAAGAAAGCGGUAGAUAAAAUAUUAAACAAUGAAUAUGAGGAAAAAAUUGACACUGGUAAAGUUACUACUCCCCACGUUUAUUACACCACAGAAGAAUCAAAUGUUCAACAGCAAAAGGAAAAAGAUCAAAGAAAGGAGGAAACACUAGACAAAACCGAUAAAAAGAAAAAGAAGAGUGAAAAAAUAGAUAAGCCACCCAAAAAAGAGAAGCCAGCAAAGAAGGAUACAACUGAGAAGAAAGACAAACCUGAAAAAGAUCGCAACAAAAAAAACAAGAAAGCUAGCAAAAAUGAUAACAAUGGAUUUAUGAAACCAGAGAAAAAAGUAUUUGUUGAAAGCCCCAAAAGAUCAUUAGCAACAUUGCUUGCAAAUUUUGAAGGAAAAAGAAGACUACUGCUAAUAACAUCACCAAAAGAAGAGAAUAAGAUGUAUUCUCAGCAGCGGGAUGAGUAUUUGGAGACAGUGUGUGAAAUGGCUGUACGGAAAAUUUCUAUUGUUACAAUCUUUGGAACUCUGACAAACAGCACCAUGAAGAUUGACCACUUUCAGUUAGAUAAUGAGAAGCCAAUGAAAGUGAUUGGAGAGGAUGAUCUGCUGGACGUUGAUCUGAUAACUGAAUUAAGGAAAGAGUAUGGCAUGACUUACAAUGAUUUCUUUAUGGUGCUAACAGAUUUAGAUAUGAAAGUCAAGCAAUACUAUGAAGUCCCUAUUAGCAUGAAAUCAGUGUUUGACCUAGUAGAUACGUUUCAGUCCAGAAUUAAGGAAAUGGAAAAACAAAAGCAGGAUGGAAUAACAUGCAAAAGAGAAGACAAAACCAGGUCUCUAGAAAAUUUCCUUUCAAGGUUCCGCUGGAGGCGAAGACUGCUUGUUAUUUCUGCUCCAAAUGAUGAAGAAUGGGCCUAUCAGCAGCAGCUUUAUGCACUAAGUGGACAAGCAUGUAAUAUGGGACUUCGUCACCUUGCAGUGCUAAAAAUGGUUGGCUUGGGAGUUGAUGGGAACGGUGUAUUUGAACUCUACCCUAUUAAUGGAAGCUCCAGUGUUGAAAGGGAAGAUCUUUCUUUUAAUUUGGUGAAAGACAUACGAAACUACUUUCAAGUCAGCCCUGAAUAUUUCUCCAUGUUACUUGUUGGCAAAGAUGGCAAUGUGAAGUCAUGGUACCCUUCUCCAAUGUGGUCCAUGGCCAUUGUGUACGAUUUAAUAGACUCCAUGCAACUCCGGAGACAAGAAAUGGCCAUUCAGCAAUCAUUGGGUAUGCGCUGCCCAGAGGAUGAGUAUGGUGGAUAUGGCUACCAUGGUUACCCUCAUCAGGGGUAUGAGGAAGGCUAUCAGGACGAUCAUCAACACCAUGAAGGAUACUAUCACAGAUAUCAAGACUAACCAAAAUCAUGUAUGGAAAGGAGAAAAGGAGUUUCAAAAAAAGGAUCUAGAAGUGUAAAUUACAAUACAAUUGCUCUUUCAGUAGCACAGCUGUAAAAAAACAUAUUUUGUAGAUUUUUUUUAAAGAAACUGAUUCGAACCAUUUUCCAUUGUUAAUGGCAGUAUAUCAUGUAGUUUAGGCUACUUUACUCUUUAUAUAUGAAUAUAUUUUGAUGUGUAUUUAUGGGAAAAACACUUGGAUACACACAGCAUCACAAACACAUCCGUGGAGGUAGUCAUACAUACAGUGUUAUUUUACAAAUGCAGAUAUGGGUUCUUCUGGUCCAUAGCUUGUUCAAGAAAGUGUUUUGUGUGCAACAAUUUUUCUUGCAUGUGUUUUAACAAUGUCAUUUUUGUAAAACAAAUGUCUACAUUUCAUUGUUAAAUGUGAGAACUUUACAUGUGCACAUCUUGCAAAGCUGCAUUAUCUAUAAUUGUACCAGCAGGAGAAUUGUUACAGUAAUAGUUUGAGUGCCUGAAUCUUAAUUUUGGCACAGGGGCAUUAACUAAGUUUUGCACAAAUGGCAAAGGUAGCUGAGAACAGAUAAACUCAUGUGAGGGGAAAGAGAGCAUUCCUAUAUCGAGGCUUAGUAACUGGUUCUAAACAGCCAAAAAUGUUACGAUUAUUGUUGGUCUAAUUGGCCUCCAAGACACACUUUAUGCUAUUCAUAUAUUUUUGUCCAAUAAAGCAUCAGCAGAUCUUCAGUGUUAACCAUGGACAAUGUCUUGUUUAUUUAAUAAAACAAGAAAUGUAAAGCUA